CUUUUUGAAAAGAUAUUCGUCGACUGAUCGAAGUUGGAGAGAGAUGAAUAUAGUAUCAUAUUUGCUCUUUUUUUCUUUCUUUCUUACCCACCCCAACUGCACACUUGCAUCCCAUUGCACAGUAGUAAAUCGAUACGACAUAAACAAACCCCCCAAAACCGGCAAAAAAGUUGCUUAUACCGUGUGUUAUCUGGCUUAUCAAUCUUCUUUCUUUACGUAGACAGUGAUUUAAAGACGCCCGGAGGCACUAUCUAGCGAAGUUGAGCUUAUCUCGCGUUGUUCUACAAGCGGUAAAAAAACGCAUUAUCAGUUCUGUGGCCAGGGCGUAUCAAUCAUAGUUGUUUCUCCUUAGUAUGAACUAGACUGUCGGGGAAUAUCAUUUGAGUCUGCUAAUUGCGCGCUGGAAUUGAUUGGUUUUUGGUCGUACAUUCAAACAUGAUAUCUACGGGAAAACUAACGAAUCGAGUUUCUCUUCUAAAAAUAGAACUGUUCUCCGAGUCAUCCACUGGCAGUGGCAGUGGAAACGUGCGGAAUGCACUACUUGUUGCGGCCGGAGUUGGUGUGGCCACCCUGAUCGGUUAUGGUGCCUAUCGGUGUUUGAAGAAGCACUUGGAAAAUAUACCACCGAAAGAGUGGCGUCGUGUCGGCGAGGUGACGGACAUCAACAUCUAUCCAAUCAAAUCGUGCGGAGCGAUUCGCGUCAACCAGAUUGAGUGUUCUGUAAUUGGGCCUCGAGUGCAUUUGAUGCGAGAUCGAAUAUUCAUGGUUAUCCAAACCGAUGGGACGUUUAUAACGGGCCGAGCCUAUCCGAGGAUGGUACUGGUGCAACCGAAGUUUGAUGAGGCGUAUGAAACGAUGACACUGUCGGCCCCAGGAAUGCUGGAUAUUUCGAUCGAUGUGCGUCGCCUGUUUGCCAUAGAAUCGGUCAGUGCCUCCGUUUGGGGACAAACAGUGGCUACCGUUGACUGCGGGGAGGAUGUCGCACGGUGGCUUUCCCGCUUUUUGCUCAGUGAAGACUUCGGUCUGCGUUUGGUGUUCUAUCCGCAUGAGGUGUCCUACCGGGAGGUGCGGGGAAAGAACAAAAUCUUCCCCCAUCUGACGGCACGGGAUUCGGGGGCACUGCACGAUGCGACCAGUUAUAUGCUGAUAACGGAAGCGUCCGUUUCGGAUGUAAAUGCCAAGCUGGAAAAACCGGUGACGGCUCUGCAGUAUCGACCCAACUUUGUCGUGAAAGGACCAACCGCCUACGAGGAAGACGACUGGCAGUGGAUCAAGAUUGGCGAGACCAUCUACAGGAAUGUGAAACCUUGCACCAGAUGCAUCUUUAUUAACGUGGAUCCCGAAACCGGAAUUUCCAGUACGACCGCUGAGCCACUGAAAACACUCAAGACUUACCGCCGAAACCCCAAGGUGGGAGGUGACAAUCCCAUUCUAGGAAUGCAAAUGGGCGUCAAAAAGGAAGGAACCGUGCGACUUGGCGACGUCGUUUACGUGGGAUGCUAAUAGCCGAUGUCCACUUUCGUAGAGCUGCGUUUUUUGUUAUUGCAUUUUAUUAAGUCACUGCAAAGUGUUAGUAUUGUCAGGACUGAUGAUAUAAAAAGUAUUAUUUCUAGCUCCUUAGGUAUGGGAAAGGAUAGGAAAAUCGAAAACUACAUUUCUUAUUGAAAUAUAGAAGCAAUAUGGCGUCGGAAAA